UGGAGAUUUCAUUUGUUUAAAUCUUCAAAUCAUUCAAAUAAUACAUAUUGCUUACACACGAAUAUACGGGAUAAUUGUUAUCGAUUUGAUUUUCAGAGGUGUUAGUUAAAAGAAGUUCAGCUAUAAUGUCAAAAUAUUUGGAAAGAAUACAUGAAAUAUUGCAAUACGCAAACAGUAAAAAAGUUACAGACAAGAGGAAAUGUGUUACAGAGCUGUUAGAAUUGUACGAAAAUAAAGAAGCAGUUGACGAGAUUUGUACAAAUACACAGCUAAACAAACAAGGUGUCAUUAACUGGUCAUAUAUAGUUCAUAUAGUGCAUCAGAUAUUAUUCAAUGAAACAGAUAGGCUUGCAAAUAAGGAUAAUUGUAGCAAAACAGUAAUUAGUGAAAGACAAAAUACAUGCAUACUCGUACAAAAAACAUUUCAAUGUGCAACUUCUAAAACACCAUUGUUAAAAUGCAAAGAUAUAAUGCCAUUAAUUUUUCAAGUUUUGGGAACAAAUAUAUAUGAAUAUUACCAUGACACAUAUAUGAAUAUUUUGGUUUCUUACAUACUUCCAUUUAGAAUAUGUCAAUUAGAAAUGCUUUCUCAUAAUUGGGAAGAAUUAUUGAAGAUAUGUUUGCAUUUGUAUAAAAAUGCAUCUUCACCUACCAGUAAACGAAUCAUUUUAAAUGCAUUACAAAUGAUUAUAAAUUAUGGUUGUUUAUAUUCGGAUUUGUCUUUCAAUGUAAGGGAGACAUUAAUAUUUUUAGAAAAUAUGUUCUCAGAUGUUAAAAUAAACCAAGAAAUUUUAGCAGAAUGUGGUUAUAAACUUACAAAUACAGUGUGUCAUCAAAUAGCAACAGAAUAUAGAACUAUGCUUUGUCACUUCAGUGAAAAUAUUUUACCAAAUAUAAUUAGCUUUACAAGUUCUGUUGAAAAAUAUAAACUUUUCUUAUUUUUUGUUCAAAUUCAUCAUCCUAAAGGAACAUCUAAGACUUACGAUGGAGCUUAUGCUGAUAACUGGGACAAGUGGUACACAAUACUUGAAUCCAUAUAUCUAAUGAUCUUGAAAGAUUUUAAACCAGAUAUACUUCCGAAAAGUUUUAUUUAUCUUGCAAGGGAGGUUUUUAAACAAGUAUUCGAAAAUUCAAAUAUUGUUAAAAGAAAAGAGUUCGACGAAUAUGAUUAUAUACAACCAAUGAAACGAAGACGAAUUACCAAAUUUAACGGACCUGUCGAUAUGCUUACUGAUUAUAAUCCAGAAGAAGCUUGGCCAGUGAUACAAGUCCUAACAACAUUAUUUAAACAAUAUCCUGAAUGUUUAAAAUCACAAGAUCUUCCAAUGUUUUUAAAAAAUAUAGUAAAUUUUCUUGCACAGUCCAGCAAAGAAGAAACCAUUGUGGAUGAUUUAUAUGAGUUUGCUGCCGUUUUAUUAAUAAAUGAAAAAUCAUUUUCUAUGAUAGAUAUAGAAAAUUCAAAUAUUUAUUGGGAUAAAAUAUGGGACGCUUUAUUAAGGUCAUUGAACGUAAAUCAGAACAAAAUAUCAGCUCAUAAGCUUACUCAACUUUUUAUAAUAAAUAAUAAAAUAACAAAUCCAAAUAUACUUUUGAAACUCUAUUUUACAAAUGUAAUUAAAUGGUCUGUUAUGAGUCUCCGUACAUUAAUAGUACUCUGUGAAUAUUUACCAUUACCGAAUGAUAUUGCAGUGUGCAGUAUAAAUGUGUGUUCGCCAACAUUGAAUUCAAAUUCUGUCAGAUCAUCCCUUAUAACAUGGGCAUUGAAUAUUCCCUGGUACAAAAUGACAACACAGAUUAUAAUUGAUGAGCUGUGUUUAUUUUUAACUAGUAUUAUAUUAAAAUCAAAACCUGAGAAACAAAUAAGAUUCGAUGAAUAUAAUACUAACAGUCCAUGUGAUUGUUUAAAAACUGACGAAAAUAUUGAGUUACUUAACGAAUAUAUAGAACAGUGCUACUUAUCAUUAAUGUAUAAAACAAAUUGGUUUACUGAUAUGGAAAAGAAGGAUAUACAGUAUAACAUAAAGAUGAAUGAACACGUGUUAUAUAUGCAAAACAUUUUAACUUAUCUAACGGACAGCUUAUCCGAUGUCAUUAACAAAAGCAAAGGAAGCGAUGAUCUUCACAUAAUCAUAAUAAAGAUUGCUAUUAUAGCAAAAGUUAUAUCAAUAAUGAAAAAAUUAAAUAUAAUAUCGGAAAGGAUUGAAGAAGUGCCACUUGUAUGCACAAUGAAACAGUAUCUAAAUAUUGCUUAUGCUUUAUUAGAAAAAAUAGAUCCAUCAAGAAGUAAAUAUAUUUAUCUUUGUAACGUAACAAAAGCACUCAAUAUACUGUAUGGUACAUUAUACGACACAGAUGUAGCAAAGAUAAUUGUUUCAUCUGCAACGUCAGAUAUGUUAAAAAACAUAUUCAGUUUAAUGAAUAUCGAAGAUAACGAAAUCACCGAUUAUAAAGCAACUAAUGAUUGCUACGAAGAUUAUAAUUCUUUUCAAAAUAGACGUAAAUCUUCGGACAAUGAAGUUAAGCGUAAAAAACAAUGUAAUUAUUGUAACAACGGUAUAAUUAGAUUACAAGCAACAAAAGCUUUAUCAUUAUUUUGUUGUAAAAAUGUUGGACAAGAAAAAUUUGAAAUUCAAGUAAAACUUAUGAGCAAUUUGUUGAACAUAGAUAUGUAUGACCUUUCGCAUACAGUUGAUUUUAAAAUGGCUAUAACAGUAUUGGAAUAUUUGUCCAGCUAUAACAAAGAAGAAUUAUGGAAAAAUUUUAACGAACUACCGUUGAAAAAUGUAUUGAAAUUAUAUGAAAAAUGUUGCAAAGAUGAAACUGCUGUUCGUUAUAUAUUAAAUAACUUACCAUACUUUUUUGAAUAUGCUACAAGUUAUCAUUGCGAGCUACAAAAUUUAAUGAAUAUUAUCUGUCAAUUUAAUAAAUUUCGGUGUCAAAAAAGAUAUGGCUUUCUUGCACAUAUAGAGUUCAUGAAAUGUCUUUCAAAAAUUAUUCAUACAAAUUCUUUUCUUUUCCAUUAUGACGUAUAUGGAGAUUCAAGUCAAAUGCCAAUAAUUAAAAGCGUUUUGUCAGCUAUAAAUAAUUCUGCAUUUGUUUUACGAUUACGAGUAAUUAAUUGUAUUCAAGAAAUAUAUUCUUCAAAAAACAUUGAUUUAAAAUGGAAAGAAGCACUAUUUAUGCAAAUAGAAAAAUCAGUGGAUAAAUUAAUUAUUGGUAACGGAAUAAAUGAUAAGAUGAAGGUGGAUGAAAAUGAAACCAAAAUAACAAGUACCUUAUUAAUGCUUACUGCUAUAAUACAUAUCGAUGGAAUAUUUCAGUGCCGUGCUUUAGUAACAAUGUUACGUUUCGUCAUAGAUAACAAAAUAGAUAUUCAAAUAAUACCAAAAGCUAUAAAUACAAUAGAAAAUGGAAUAAAUUACUCAAAUCUUAUUGAAGAUAAUUUAAGUUAUCUAAUGGCAUAUUGGUUUAAUUCAAAAUAUUCAUCAGAACCAUUUCCUUGGAAAUUAACAGAGUGUAAAUCUGAAGAACAAUUCCAUAAAAUGUAUAUUAAUACAUUAGUAUUUAUUAAAUUUCAAAAUUUAGAACUGUCUAAUGUAAUUUCUUUUUGCACUAAUGUUAACGUGCCGUUUGAACAAAUUAUUGAAAAUAUUUUUCCAAAACUUUUAUCAUGGCUAUUAUACCACAUUAAUGGAAACAGUGGAAAUACCCUGAAAAAGGUAGCAAAUAAAAUAUUUCAUUCAAUGAUAUUAAAUCAAAAUGAAUUUACUCGAAUAACGAAAUUUUCCACUUUAUUCAAUAAUAAGUUUGAAGAAAUAUUAUUGUAUCUUAUUGAAAGAUUACAUGAUGAAGACUAUCUUGAAGAAAUGUUGGGAGUAAAAGUACCAUUUGCAGCAUCAGAUCCACCUCAUUUUAACAAAGAAGCAUUUAAUGUUUGUUUAAAAUAUAUGGAGGAGAAUUUUUUUACACGAACAGUAUCCAUACAAUAUAUUUUAGCUGAGAAUUGUCCAAAUAUACUACAAAAAAUACUGUUACAUUUAAUUAGUAAUGUUUACAGCAAACAAUUUUUAGAACACAAGAUAAAAGCUUUUCAUCAAUACAUAUUUUUCUGUACUAUAAUUGCAGAAGAGUUAAAAUCAGAUUAUUUUAAUAAAUUAUCUAUGUAUGUGAUAAAAGAUAUUAGCUAUAGUUUACUACAUAUAAUUAAAGGACACAAUGAUAUACUUCUUGAAUUGGCAUGUAAAUAUUUUUACAAAUUUAUCAAAUUUGUUUUACCCGUAAGAAGUGAAGAAAUCAAAGAGAUUUUAGAUUUUACUAUUAUGGUUUUAGUUCCUAUUGCGAAGACAGAAAAAGUACCAAUAACUUUAGAAAUACUUAAGUUUUUAUUAAUCAAUCACAAAGAAACAUUAUGUGAUGCGAUAAAGAAGUUGAAUUCAUUUCCAAAUAUACCUGUUUUUCAAGAGAUACGAAAUGUACAUAAUAAUUUGAAAUGUAAAACAGAAAGGAUCUGUAGUUUGGAAGAAGAAAUACAAUAUUUUUUAAAUGCUGUAAUUGAUAAGGAUAUAAACUGUAGUAUAGAAGAUAUUGUACAUUUACGAAUACAAUUAUCAAUGAGAAAAAAAGAAUUACGAGAAUUAUACAAUAAGUUUGAUAAAUUUCGUGGUUUUACUGAAGAUUGUGCCUCAAGUAUAUUGCAUAGAUUGAUAUACAAACUCAUAAAAUUAACAGCAUCUUUUGAUUUAAAUAUUUCAAUGGAAGCAGCAAAAUGUUUAGGUGAAUUAGGACCAGCUGAUUUAAUGUCAAUGAUAUUAUAUUUGCAAAAAAGCCAUGUCAAAGAAACCUCUGAUUUAAUGGAAAUACUAUCAUACAAAAUAGUGGUAGCAAUGAUAAAAUGUUUAUUUCAAAGUGAUAUACAGUUUCGAAAAGUCAGUGCUAAUGCACUUUAUGUUGUAUUCUCAUCUUCUUGGGGACACAAAUUAUUAAAUAUGAAAUAUAUGGAACGUUUGAAAGCUGUUUUAGGCGAAUCACAAAUGAUGAUGCUACCUGUAAGCUAUAUUCAACCAUUUAUAACUGAUAAAAAUUCAAAAAUAGAUACCAUUAAUAUAAAUGAUGUAAAAUUGAAUGAUAUCAUAAAUUCAGAUAAUGAUAUUUGGACAAUUCAUUCUAAUAAUUCUUAUAACAAUUGGAUUGUGGAAAUAACAUGUAGAAUUACAGAAUGUUUUAUGGGAUUUUAUUUUGAAAAUCUAAGAUCUGUUUGUACAUUAAGUACUGAAUUUUGUGAAAUAAUUUUACCACGAAUUAUUUACUUAAUAAUUCAUAUAGAUAGAAAAUUCAUAAGUGCCAUAUGUUCUUGUAUUAAUACAUUUUUUAAUUAUCAUUUUAAUGUUACAACAAAUACAGAUGUUUCUUCUUAUGCGAUACAUAAAGUCACAACUUGUGAUCAUCGAAUUGUACGCUCCAUGUUAAAUAUUGUAAAUUAUAUUAGGACUCAAGUUGCUGAUAAUCUUUUAAGACUGAACUAUAUUUGUAUCGCAAAAGCUGCACAAUAUUGUUCAGCUUUUUUUACUGCAAUACUGUAUGUGGAAAUGUCUUGUGAAACUGUUUUAAACAGUUAUGAUAACUUUGUUAAUGUUUCAAAAAUUAAUUAUAUUUAUGAAUUGUCACCUGAAGAAGGAAAAGUGAUACAGAAUAUACUUAGAGACUCUUACACAAAGAUAGGUGAUUUCGAUGCCAUCAGUGGUACUGGUUCUUCUCAUUUACAAAAUCAUUCCACUCGCAUACAGCAUUACGUUCAUACUAAUGAGUGGAAUCAAGUAAUGCUUACUCAAGACGUUGAACUUUCUUUUGGAAACGUAACAGCAAUGAGAGAAAUGGCAAAUGGAUUACAUCAAUCUGGUCUUCAGUAUUUGCUCAGUCAUUUUAUAUCUACCGUGUCAAAAGAAGAUGAAAAUAUAUUUAAAGACAUACAAUAUGAGUGCGCUUGGAGACUUAGCAAUUGGAAUCUUAACGAAUCAAAUCAAGCUUUGCAUACACAGAAUCAUUGUAAUUUAAAAUCAGAAAUAAUUGAAUAUGAUUAUUAUUUUUAUCAUUACCAAGCUUUAAAGUAUUUUCAUGAAAAUAAUGAAAGUGGUAUACAAAGUGCAAUUAGAAAUGCUCGUUCUUGUAUCAUUAAAGCCCUUGGAAAUACUAGUUUAGAAAGUAGUAAAACUGUAUACGAAAAGUUAAUGCAGUUGCAAUUAAUUUCUGAGAUUGAGGAAUUAAGUGUAACUAAAGAAGAUGAAUAUGAAAAAGUCUUAUAUAAAUGGCAACAGCAAGACAUUGCAAACUUCAACGAAUUUCAGUAUAUUGAACCUAUUUUGUUUCAAAGAACUGUUAUGUAUCAAAUAAAUCCUACGUUAACUAAUAAUGAACAAAUUAAAGCCGCACUUGCUGAUACAUAUUUACAAAUGUCAGAAAUAGCAGCAGACAAAGAAAAUUUGCACAUUGCUACACGCUCAUUAGCUAUGUUAGCAAAACAAAAGGACCUACCUCCAAAAAUUCAAGAUCAGUUGCUUUAUCAGGAAUCUUUGUUAGCACGACUUAGACAAGAUUUGGAGCUCGGACGAUUUCUCUUACGUAAUUUAAUACAUAAGGAAACUUUAGAUGUAAAUUUACGAGCGCAAAUACUAAGAGUUUAUGGAGAUUGGAUGGCUGAAACAAAAUCGGAAAAUCCUCAGGCUGUGAUACAAAAGUAUUAUUUGAAGUCUAUAGAUUCAAGUAAUUCAAUUAUGGAACAAACUACUGAUACCAUUAAAAAUUUACACAAUACCUAUGUAGCCUUAGCCCGCUUUGCUGAUUGUCAAUUUGAACAAAUAAGUUCAUAUAUGAAAUCUUCUCAAUUUGAAAGUUUAAAGGAAUGCAUCAUGUAUUCUUAUAAAAGAAUUGAUAACCACACGUUCAGUGACGAUAAAGAUGUUAGAAGUGCUAUGAUUUUAAGUCACAGACAAAAUACAAACGAUGUUGCUGACUUGGAGCACAUAGAAAAAGAGAAAAAUAAUUAUUUGAUUUUAGCAUUAAAAUAUUAUUUAAUAACACUCCAGCAAAGUGAAGAUCAUAAUUUAUUAGUAUUUCGAAUAAUAGCACUGUGGUUGGAUAAUAUGAAUCAAAAAGAAGUCAAUGAUUUAUUGGACAUAAAUCUGAAUACAGUACCAUCCUUCAAGUUUGUCCCACUUCUUCCACAAUUAGCAGUGCAUUUGAGUAACGAGUUUAAUGAGUUUUCUACAAAAAUAUUUAAAAUUAUGAAACGUUGUGCUCUAACACAUCCACACCAUACAUUACCAGUAUUAUUAGCAUUAAAAAAUUUGUAUGGUGAUUAUGAUUAUAAUAGCACCAAAAAAAGUAAAACUUUGGAGCCGAGAAUUCUUGGAGCUCAAAAGUUGUUACAAGAAUUAACAGAAGCAAACAUUGGUUCAAUUAUACAAGAGAUGGAAUACAUAUCACAUUCCUUAGUUAUGUUAGCUAAUCUUCCAGCUUCUAAAAAUGAACCUGGCUCCGUAAUAAAGAUACCCAGGGAUCAAAAAAUUCUAAAAAUUAAAAAUUUCGAAAAAGUUUUCGUGCCAACGAUGACGAUUGGUGUGAAACCAUCUGGAAAUUACAAUAACAUCAUUGGUAUUUCUAAAUAUAUGGAAACAUAUGAAACUGUUGGAGGUGUAAAUGCACCAAAAAAGCUAACUUGCAUUGGUAUAGAUGGAAUUGUUAGACAUCAGUUAAUAAAAGGAAGAGAUGAUUUACGACAAGAUGCUGUAAUGCAACAAGUUUUUAAUGUAAUGAAUACCUUAUUAAGAGCUUGCAAAGAAACUAAACGAAGAAAGUUGACAAUCAGAACUUAUAAGGUUGUACCAUUGACACAAAGAUCAGGAGUACUAGAAUGGUGUGAUAAUACAAUGCCUAUUAUAAAUGUACUGAUAGGUUCAAGGAAUAAGCCUGGACUUCAUAAAAAAUAUUAUCCAAAAGAUUAUACAGCAGAUUUGUGUAAAAGAAAGCUAGCAGCAGUAGAAAAAUCAUCAACUGAUAUAAAAUUAAAAACCUUUAUGGACUGUUGUGCACACAUGCAUCCAGUAAUGCAUUAUUUCUUUAUUGAAAAAUAUCCAUCCCCUGAAACGUGGUUUGAGAGAAGAUUAGCGUAUACGCGCAGCAUAGCAACAACAUCUAUGGCAGGAUAUAUUUUGGGUUUAGGAGAUAGACACUUAAAUAACAUUUUAAUUGAUCAAACAACUGCAGAAGUAAUUCAUAUUGAUUUUGGUAUAGCAUUUGAGCAUGGAAAGGUACUACCAGUUCCAGAAACUAUUCCAUUUCGACUCACACGAAAUAUAGAAGUAGGAAUGGGCGUCUCUGGUAUAGAAGGUACAAUGAGGCAUUGCUGUGAGAAGACUCUAACCGUAUUACGUGAUCAAAGACAAAUCAUUAUAACUCUACUUCAAGUUCUUUUGUAUGAUCCUUUAUUUAAAUGGACCAUAACGCCUGCUAAAGCACAUGGUAUACAAAGUGGUACCUCUUCAACAUUGAUAGAAAUUAAUCAAUAUUCAUCAGGAAUUAAUAAAACAGCUGAAAGAAGCCUUUUAAGAAUAGAGCAAAAAUUACAAGGCACUGAAGAAGGAUUAGCAUCUAGCGUAUCUGGUCAAGUUGAAAGGCUUAUACAGCAAGCGCGGGAUCCUAUAAAUCUUUGCCGUUUAUUUUGUGGCUGGCAACCAUAUCUAUAAUAUUUUAAUGCUUUAUAAUGUUAAGAUGGUUAAAUGUCAUUUUAUAAUUUUAUUUUAUAUUUUAUACAAAUUAAAAGUUUUGUAAAAUUUAAAUAUAAACUAUGAAAGCUUU